CCAGUGUUGAACCAUGCCGAGAGAGACAAAGGAACGCAGAGUCUCCUCUGCCUGUGUACUCAUCACAGGAAGUGAGAUUGCAAAUUGAAGGAUGGAGACAGGGAGGAACAGUGUCUGUUUUCGCCAGAAAUGACCGAGCAUUGAAAACUAGCUGGGAGAAGGGGUCGUAAGAGUCAUGUGAUCCACCUUCCCCAUCCCCACAGUCCUAACAAAGCAGUAGCAGUAGCAGCAGCAGCAAGGCCUCAGCAUCCCUUUGCUUCUCCUCUUUCCUCUCCUUCCAGUCUCCUUGGGUUAUAAGCAAGGGAGAGAUGUCAUCAAGCGCUUCCAGGUUCAUCAAGUGCGUCACCGUCGGGGACGGAGCUGUGGGCAAGACCUGCAUGCUCAUCUGCUACACCAGCAACAAGUUCCCAACCGACUACGUGCCCACUGUGUUCGAUAACUUCAGCGCCAACGUGGUUGUCGACGGAACGACAGUGAAUCUGGGCCUCUGGGAUACUGCUGGGCAAGAGGAUUACAAUCGACUGAGGCCACUGAGCUACCGAGGGGCAGAUGUCUUCGUGCUGGCUUUCUCACUAGUGAGCCGAGCCAGCUAUGAGAAUGUUGUGAAAAAGUGGAUACCUGAGCUGCAGCAUUAUGCCCCUGGAGUCCCUUUGCUGUUGGUUGGUACCAAAUUAGAUCUUCGUGAAGAUAAGCACUAUUUGGCAGAUCAUCCUGGGAUAUUUCCUGUUACUACUGCACAGGGAGAGGAACUGAGAAAGAAGAUUGGUGCUGCAUAUUACGUGGAGUGCAGUUCAAAAACCCAGCAGAAUGUCAAGGCAGUUUUUGAUGCUGCCAUCAAAGUAGUUAUCCAGCCUCCUGCAAAACAAAAGGAGAAAAGGAAGAAAAAGUCCACAUAUGGUUGUUCGAUUCUGAAUAUCUUAUGUAGGAUGAAGCUUUUGUGCAGCUUUAACUGAAGCCUCUCCCACCAAGAAAUUAUAUAUCCCAUUUACCUGUUUUGCUCGUCUGACACGGACCAAGACUGCAUUGGCUCUGAGUUUGGUAGUGUAAAAGGUCUUGCAAGUUGUAAAUGUUUCAUCUUGUAAGAACAAUAUUUAUGCUUUUGUGUGGAUAGAGCAGGUUUGUAAGUUGUGUUUCCUUGCUACUACCGACUUUGUUUCAAUUGGGAACUUUAACAAAGACAAUUGAUGUA